AUUGCUUAAAGAGCAAAAGCUACUCUUAGGAUACGGGAGUGAUAAUGAGAACCCGGAAGUAAGGUCACGGCAGGCUGAACCACCAUCGAUUCUUCACAACGACAUGGGCGUCAAUGUCCUCUAUCGACUCGUCUUAUCAAUGGUUUGAUGCUGGGCAGCGAUACUACUGUGUCAUUCCAUCGCAUCUUACCUCAGAUGAGCGAUUCCCCGCGGUGUCUAUCUUAUCAGAUAGAGAAAAUAGUGGAACGGGUGUGAUUGAGCAGGGGUGUGACCUGCCAUCCCAUUCCUUCUGUGGUAGUACGAAGAUAUUUGACCUCUUGGUUUUAUGUGGUUGGAUUUAACUUGUUGUCUUGAGGGGUUCGAUCACAAGAGGGAAUCUGAGGACUUCUGCUUUUGUUGCUUUUAAGACGGUCAGGUUCGAGUGUGCAGAGAUGGCGUUUCUAAAGAGGGUUAGGGAGUACAUUCAUCAGCCCUGUGAACAUCCUGGGGAGGGGAAGCUGGUCCGAAAAUUAGGUUUGUGGUUCCCUUUCUUGAAUGUUUAUUUUUUUCUGCUCGCCUCAUUGGUAUAUCGUUUUACUCUGCAAUGGUUUCUAAAUUUUAAAAACGGGAUUCGGAGGGACUGAGCUGAUUUUGGUGGUAGACUUCUUCAUCUUGAGUUUUUGCUGCUUGAUGUACUUUACCAAUUACCUCGAUCGAUCGAAUUUGGCAAAUGCUUAUGUUAGUGGGAUGAAAGAGGAGUUGGGAUUCGUGGGAAAUCAGUUGAAUCAGAUUAAUACUGUCUUCACUGUUGGGUAUGCACUAUUUGCCUUCUCUCUCUUUUUCCGAAGCGAUGGAUGGAAGGAAAGCAUGUUUUGGAAUCUAAAACUGAUGAGAUUACAGAUAUGUCAUAGGAUGCAUUCCUUCAAACCUAGCACUCUAUAAUAUCAAACCUCGCAUCUUCUUCCCAAGUAUGAUGGUCAUCUGGGGCGGGUUAACAAUGGUCUCAGCCGCUGCAAAACAUCCACAACACCUCAUAGUCAUUCGAUUUUUCCAAGGGAUCGCGGAAUCUACCACAUUCGUUGGGACUCACUAUAUCCUAGGAUCAUGGUACACAGCUCGCGAACUAGGAAAACGCUCUGGGAUAUUUACAUCCAGUGGCUUAGCGGGAACGAUGUUCGGUGGUUUUCUGCAAACUGGUAUCCAUUCUUCAUUGAAUGGAGUGAAAGGUCUAAGUGGAUGGCGCUGGCUUUUUAUUAUUGAUGGCUUGAUUACACUCCCUAUUGCUGUUUAUGGAUUUCUGCUAUUCCCGGAUACACCUUCAACCACGACAGCAUUCUACCUCACGCCUACAGAGAGACAACUCGCCUCAUCCCGCGUCCCUGAAGUCGCCCCUCGUGCACCAUGGAAUCUAGCUUUUGUAAGGAGAGUCCUGACAAGCUGGUACUGGUACGGCUUCAUAAUGCUCUGGAUCAUCGCCGGCGAGACCGAGUCCUUCUCCACCAACUCCCUUCUGGCACUCUACAUGAAAGCACAAAAAAAAUACUCCGUCUCCCAACUCAACAACUACCCCACCGGGGUUCCCGCCGUCGGAAUCGUUAGCACGCUCUUCUUCGCCACUCUCACCGAUUUCCUAGGCGGGAAACGGUAUAUCGUCGCUUUCUUCAUUGCGGUAACUGGGAUCGCGACUAGUCUCAUGAUCCUGAAAGCGGAGGAGAAUCCUGCGGUGGUGCUUGCAGCUUAUUAUUGGGCGGGUGCGGUGUACGCAUGUCAAGCUACCUUUUUUGCGUGGGUCAAUGAUGCGAUGCGCUUUGAGGAGGAUGCGUUGCGUGCGGUGGUGAUUGCGGGGAUGAAUUGUGGGAGUAAUUCUGUGAAUGCUUGGUGGAGUAUUUUGUUUUAUAGUGCGAAUUAUGCGCCUAGGUUUACGGUGAGUUUUUGCCUUUUGUCUCAUCUCCCUUCUUGUGUGGUGUGAAGGAUGUGGUGGGUAUUGAGGGACCGCUUGCUGAUUGAUUGGCGUGUAGAAAGGCAUGUAUGCUAUGAUUGGGACCUCUAUUGCGCUGGCGAUUUGGGCAGCUGGACUGCUGUAUGUGAGUGUGAAAUCCGAGAAGAAACGGGUUCUAAGGGGAAAUAGGGAGAGACAAGUCACAAAGGAGCAGAAUUCUGAUAUUGUGAAGGAGUGAGGAAGAUUGGAUGGUUGGGAGGAUAGAAAAUACUCAUCCUUGACCCUUCAAUUUUGAAAUUAUCUAUUGUUUACGUGUUGAGUGUUUGAGAUGGUCAGAGACAUCAAGGGAUAUAUAAAGCAGAAUACAUGAGUAUAAGGGGACAUUAUACCGAUGAGAGACGCUUCUGUAGAUUGGAUUCUUAAGAUUCUGGGAACCCUCUUAUCAAAAACUACGUCGUUC